UUGGCCCGCAGAGCGGUCAAUCACGAAAAAGCCGGUACUGGUGGGCGGGACUGGACGGGUUUGCCGCUGUAGUUUUCUUCAAGAUGGCGGGGCUGUUACUGAAGCAGUAUGGCGAAGCGUCGAGAAUAGAAUGAUUAGGGAGGUAGCUAGGUGGCCUAAAGGAGAGAGCUGCGCUAAAUUAAUUGGUAAGCAUAUCUGUCAUGAAGAUAUUUUGAGGUCAGCUAACAAUUUGUGCAGCCGCGGGGAUAUGAACAUCCUGACGGUUGGUCGCUAGCAUAUUAGCAUUGAUGGGACGUUACUGGGGGCCUCUGUGCAUAUAUUCGUGUUCCAGUAGGAUUUUCCACCAUAUUUUACCUUUUAUAUUGCAUACUUCAGCCAAAGUACAGCUUUUGUAACCUUUAAGUCCGUCUUCUUGCUUGUAGUAAGCUGAUAGAGUCCACUAUUCUGUCAUACCACGCGUUUUGUCAUUUGCAUAUUUACUGACAUCUGCUCUCUGGUCCUUGUCUCCAGCUCCCAGAAGAACCCAGUGGACGAUGAUCAGUGCCUAGAAUCCAUAUUAAGCUGAAUGCAUUGUGAUUUCCAAUAAUUGAGACAGUGAUUCUGAAAGCUGUCUACAUUAAUGAAAAGAACAAUGUAGUCAGCUUAGCAUUUUCACCUCUGGUACGUGGUCUAUACAGGGAUGUGCUUCUGCAUGCAUUCUGGGUUUAGAUAAGAGAGGAAGUUGUUAAACAGAACAGGUUGUAGAUUAGGCAAAAUUACCAGUUUGUUUUUAAAUCAUAGUAAUAAUAAAACAGAUUAAAUGGAGAUUGAUGAUGUUUUACCCCCUCUCCCCUUGGAGCCACCUGAUGAUUUUGGCCAACAUGAGGGCAGAGCACCUCCACCACCUCCCCUGCAAACGUCCAGUGACGCAGAGGUAAUGGACGUUAGCUCUGGUGGUGAUGGAUACACAUACACCCCAGGGGACGGGGAAGCCCAGCCACAGCAGCCCCUCAGCAUGGGCUCAGUAACUUUCUGUAGCCACCUCUCAAAUGAGGCCAAUCCCAAUCCACGGUGCCCCAGAACAGCCCGCCACGCUCCACCGGUCACCAAGUUUCUACCAGACCUCAAACUGCUCAGAGAUGUUAAGAUCAGCGUGAGCUUCACUGAAAGCAGCAACAGCAAGGACAGGAAGGUUUUGUACACAGGCGAAGGGCAGGAGGUUGGAAGUGACGACGGUUUAGACAGCCUGAAUGGUGAGUUGCAUGACUCAACUAGUGAGCAGGAGGCAGCUGAGGGUAGCUCUGGGGCAGGAAGCAAAGCAGGACGAAGGUCAGAGGAGGCUGAGGCAGACCUGGAGAACAAGGUAGAGUUUGCAGUCCUGGAUGAGUUGGAUGACUUUUGCGAGAACUUUGUGGAUCAUGAUGACGGGGAGCAUGGCGGCUUUAAGUCAGAGGUCAUAAUUCAGCAGGAGCAAGCAGAUGACGAGGCCAUGACUUACUCCUAUGAGGUACGUAUGCGUGUGUGUCCAUUUGUCAUUAAGCUUCACUGAAACGUAUGUCCAUACCACACACUGUUCACACACUUGAGUACAUGCUGCAGUGCAACAAAAGGUGAUCUUACGAAUUCAAAUCAUUUUUUACUGCCUCCUGACAUCAGGUCACAUACCCUAUAAAUGGCAUCUUUACAUGCUAAUUAUUUUAAUUUUAUUUAGUACGACUGUGCUCUUUCUGAUGCAGCUGAACAUAAUAACAUACUCCCUUUAUGACACUAAAGAUUUUAAUAAGAAAAACGUACAAACCCAUUCUCGAAACAUCGUCCUGGCAACUAAAAUUUAUUCAGAGAUGUGACUGAUUAUUUGUCCUCACAACAGUAAAUAUGUCCUAUCCAAGAAUGUCCAUUACUUAUUUUAAGAUGGUGAAAAAUACAACAUUUUGGCUUAUAAACUGGUGUCUAACUUUUUAAAUAUACAAUUGUACCACCAGAGAUCUCUCAGUUUCCAACAGCCUGACUGAUUUAGAUCUAAAUGUUCCAUUGAGCAUCAUAGAUUUGAGGUCAUGUUCCUUUUAAAAGUGAAAUACAAGGAUGUGUUAGUUAUUCUUUUUCAUUUUUCUCAUUGCAUGUUGGGUUUCCAUUGGAGCCGAAGGGUUUAGCAGUAACUUCAUAAAGGAGAAAUCUCAGAAGUAUUCAACUGUUUUCAUGACUAGUGACUGUAUAUGAAACGGACAAGUCACUUCAUGCCAACCUUUAUGACAUGACGUAGAAAAAAAGUCUCAUUGAGUGCAGACAUGUUGAGCUGGUGAAGCUAAGGCAUGUGUAAAAGCAGCCUGGCUGGUAGAUUUCCGUUAAGUAACAUAUGCAUUUAACUCACUGAUAAAGCUGUAAGAUCCCAUAGGUUGGUACGGAUUCAUGUGUUGAUCCUAAGCUGACACUGAAGUGUUUUAUUUAGUAACUUUGAAAUGACUCUCUGACUCUUAGGCCCAUUGUCUCUUGUCCACUUUAAUUGCAUUCACAAAUGAAGCAUUCACAACUUCCUGAAGCUGGUGACCCAUCAUCCCUCUCUCUCUCGGCCUUAACCAUCGAUUCUUGCAGGAGUUUGACAAUGAUGUUGAUGCUCUGCUGGAGGAGGGCAUGCCGGCCCCCAAAAAGAUGCGUCCAUCAGAAGACAAGUUUGGGGGUGACAGUGAUCAUCAGUCUGAUGGUGAAGGAGGUGUUCAGCCCAUGAUGACCAAAAUAAAGACUGUCCUGAAGAGUGAGUGGUAGAUCAGUCAGGGUUCGGUAUUUGGAGGAAACUGGCAAUUGAAUGUGGUUUUAGCACUUUGGGAUACAUUCUGUUUUUAACUCUAAACAGUGUACGCUAUAUGCAGCCUGACUCAAAAUAAGUUGGCACAUGCUGUAAAACUUUAAUCAUAAUAGAAUUUCAGGGUUUGCAGAUCAUUUAAAUGCUUUAUCAAGUUUCAAAUAGUGCCAAAACAGAAAAAAGUGUUGAAACUGAAAUUUUUUGUUUUACAAAAUACCACAUGCUCCUUUUUUGAUUUGAUGCUGGCAGGGUCUUUUAAAAGAGUUGAGAAAGUGACAAGUUCAUCAUUUCAUUGCAUCACUUUUUAAAAAAGCAAACAAGCUGAAAAAACGUUUUUGAGCCAAAGAGACCAGUUCCCAGCACUUUUUCCAUCUCCUUUCUGUGCUGUGUGGUACUAGAGCUAAGUGUUCCCCUCACCUAUUGAGCAGAGGUCACAGAGUCCAUGAUUUCCAAAAAAGAAUAUCAAAUUUUGGUGCAACAGAUUUUCUACUUAUCUGCAUUCAUCUUGAUAAUCCUUGGGCUCUGAGAAAUUUAUGUACAACGUUUAUAGAAAGUUGCUUCUUUGAUUGGUACGGUUUCAAUAAAAUCAUCAAUAGGCCUUGCCUCUUUGGUACAGAUAAUUUUUCCAGAUUAUCAGAAUCUUGUACAGCAAAUAAAAAAAUCCCAAAGUUAUUUUCAAUUCUAUUUUGAAGGAAAUUUUUCUGGAAUUGUUCAGCUAACAGUCCGUCUCAGUCUUGAACCUCUCCUUCUCUCUACUCCUCAGAGACUCAGCCUUUUAAAGGGUGUAUGUUUUUUACAGCAUCACACAUUAUUUUUGUUUCUUUUUCUCUCUCUCGGCUUCAGCUUAUUUUUUUAUAAAAUUGGACAAAAAAUUUCAGUUUCAACAUUUAAAGUGUCUACUUUACAUUAACGAUUUGCAAAAUAUUGAGAUCAACAUUUCACACAACAUCCAACUUUUUUUAGAUUGAGGGUAUUAGUUCCAUCAAUGUUUAAUAUAAUGAACAAUGUAUAAUUAAUUUGUUGAAUUUGAGGAAUAUUGUUACUCAUCUCUGCUUUUCAGUAAAGAAGUUGAUAGACAUGUUUUGUAUGUUCAAUCAAGUUGCAAAUUCUGCAUUUAAGAGAUCAAAUCAAGUACAGCAUUGUGCUGUCCGUCAUCUGGUAACGUGAUUACAUAUCGUAAUAAUCCUAAUCGUGUAAUGUACAUAAGCAUUUUAUAUUUCUGCUCUUGGCAGGUCGGGGACGACCACCCACCGAACCUCUGCCUGAUGGAUGGAUCAUGACAUUCCAUAACUCUGGCAUUCCAGUCUACCUGCACAGAGAGACCAGGGUGGUGACCUGGUCCAGACCCUAUUUUCUUGGAACAGGCAGUAUUAGGGUAAGAUAGUUUUGAUCUAACAUUACUAUUUCAUAACAGAGGUGUGUGCACAUGUACUGCUGUUACCGGCUUGUUGACCUGUUCAGAUGGGAAUACAGCAGUUUACAGUCAGAGACACAUUGGGGUAACCGUGGUUUUAUGGAGACUGACUUGUCAAACCUAAACAAAAGGUUUACCUCCAAACUUUUGCCACAAAAUUACACAAGAACCAAAAAAUUCUGGGACCAGGGCGCUGAUAGUCUGAUAGCCAGGACCUUUUGCUGCAUGUCUUCCCCUGCUUUCUCCUCCCUAUAUAUCAUGUCUGUCUUCAGCUGUUCUAUCCAAUAAAGGUGAAAAUGCCCCAAAAUAAAAAUUCUUGGACUUGGACCAUCAGCCCAAACUCCUGACUUUGUUGAUUUAUUGGUAUACACUGUAUUUUGGUGUUUUUGAUUGUUGCUGCAGAAACACGACCCUCCCACCAGCAGCAUCCCUUGCCUUCACUACAAGAAAAUGAAGGAUCAGGAGGAAAGGGAGCUGAAUGGGGAGGUGACACUCAAAGAAGACUCACCGGUCAAGCAGCCCGGGGAAGAGGCCAAUGAUGGAGAAGGACACGGAGAGUCAGAGACUCCAGGCGAAGGACAGGAUGCCAUUCACCCCACAAGUUUGGCUGAUGGUGAUGGUGAUGGAGCUGGGGAGGGAACCGCUGAUAAAACCCUUCAGGCUAAAGAGUCUCAGCCGUGUGACACUGCGCAAGGAGCUCUAGGCCAAGUCAAAGCCAAGGUGGAGGUGUGCAAGGAUGAGUCAAUAGGUAGGGAUUUUCUUUAAUGACAGGUUUUUGACAGGUCAUUCAUUUGUCUGCUGCAUUAAUUGAUCUUUCUAAACCCUUCCCACAGAACUUGAAGACUUUCGUCUGUACCUGGAGAAAUGCUUCGACUUUGAACAAGUUACUGUUAAGAAGUUUCGUACCUGGGCUGAGCGAAGGCAGUUCAACAGAGACAUGAAGAGGAAGCAGGCGGAGUCGGAGAGACCCAUCCUGCCUGCCAACCAGAAACUCAUCACACUGUCCGUUCAGGAUGCACCCACUAAGAAAGGUGAAAGUUACAUGCAGUAGAUAAACACUUCGAGAGGAGAGCAAGAGUCAUUACCAGUAACAAAUGAUACAGUAGAGUUAUUCUGUUAGAUGUGAAAGCAGAAAACCCUCUUGUCAUUUGAAACUCAUCAAACUGAGUCAUGAAGGUGACAUGUUUGCAUUUUCAUGAGCACAGCUUGUGUAACUUGUGUUUUUAAACCUGUUAGAUUAGCAAAGCAUAGAUCUCUCUGAGUGUGUUUACAUGGAUUUGAGCAUCCGUGUAAUAAUCAGGCUCCUGGGUGUCUCGUUUUUGUGUUUGUACGUAUGUCAUAUUCAAAUUUCAGACACCAGGAUACGUGUAGUCUGUAUCGUGGUUUCUUGCAUGCCCACUUUAAAACAUGACAUGUUCAGGAGAAGUGACCUGCAGUUUUCUCUUUUCUUCUCUCCCCUCAUAUGACUGAUGUUCAUGAUGUUCAUGUUGUAAUACAGGGUGAUCCAACAUCAAGAUGGAAAGAGAAGGAGAGACAAAAGUAGCUGAUCAGCGAGUUUCUUCUAGAGUUUUAAGUCGAUGUUGGAGACGAGCAGCUAUAACUCCGAUUUGUUUUUCACGCUCUGUCUCUCAGUGUAUUAGUAGUGCAACCUGUCCUGCAGCAAAGUCAGUGCACACCAAUAUAGUCUCCCAUGAUCAAUACCUCAACAUGCUGUUUAUAAUGGAGAGAAAAAAACAGCCAGUGAAGAGAUAAACUGUAGAAUCGCACCAGGAACAUCAGGCCUCAUAUGAUGAAGUUUUACGUCACUUUACUUUUAUUUUCUAAAUUGCUACAUCUACAAUCAGCCACAGUGGUCCUGUUUUUCCUCAGAUUUUAUCAGCAGCAGUUUGUGUUGUGAAAAAUAAACAUCACAGGCACCUGCGCCAAUAAGAUGUAGUCAUUAGAAACCUGGAUACUCUUUUCGAUCAAGGACACAGGAUUGUGAAUAAUUGGAUUUUUCUGUGUGAAUGUAUUUGUUGUGUUUCACAAAUGAUCAAAACUGGGUCAAGGCUUAUUACUGAAAUUCUCAAGUCCAAGUAAACACACUUGUCUCGUGUCUUCUCUCUUGUGGUUCAAACGUACAGUGUGUAUUUAACUUCAAAGAAGAAACUAUAUAUCAGUAAUAAGUAACUGCAGAUUCUGUACUUUUGCCUCAGAUUGUGAACUUCAUGUAAUUCUUCCAACAGAAUUUGUCAUCAAUCCAAAUGGGAAGUCUGAAGUUUGCAUCUUACACGAAUAUAUGCAGCGUGUCCUGAAGGUUCGACCUGUUUACAACUUUUUUGAAUGUGGUAAGUCGUACUUUUGGAAACCUCGUAUUUGGGGAAAAUCAAGCAUAAGAAGUUCUGACAGUCUGUCCUUAACAGAAACACACAAGAAAGGAACUGUGAUUAUGUUCCAUAGUGUGUCUGAUAUAUGGUGAUGCAUAAAUACAUCUUUAUCUAUGCGUAUGUAUGAGUGCACACAAACCUGUCAUCUUAAAGUCUUGAGAUUGUUGCAGAGUAUAUAAAUCCAAUCAUAUCAGAGCUUAUUGAUUUUGUGUCUCCACAGAGAACCCAAGUGAGCCCUUCGGAGCGUCAGUCAUAAUAGAUGGAGUGACUUAUGGCACAGGAACUGCAAGCAGUAAAAAGCUUGCUAAGAAUAAAGCUGGUAAAUUCUUUUAUUGCACUGUGACUCUUUUAUGUUGAUAACUGAAGAAUAUACACAGUUAACUAAAUGUCUGUCACGGCAGCUCAGUGCUAAUCAGAUGUGCUUGAUUCAAUGCAACGUAAAAACAAUCACAUGUUAGAGGAUGAGGACACAGAUUAUGGUCUAUAAUGACACUGAUAAGUCAAAUUAGGAGUUGGAGACAUUAUAACACAGAUUUCAACAUAUGGAGUUUAACUUUUGUUUACAGUAAAGGGUAGAUUGUUGAAUUGUUGAGUUGGCUUGCUUUAGUCAUAAUCUGGUGUUAAUUGCAGCUCGAGCCACACUGGAAAUCCUCAUCCCUGACUUUGUGAAGCAGACGUCUGAGGAGAAGCCUGUUGAGGGCGAUGAACUAGAGGUACUUUUUAUUUCCUGUUUCUGGCAUUUAUUUCAGUUUUUACCUGAAAACUUUCUCAGUAGGGAGAACCUUGCUACCUUUGGAAAACACACCUUAUAGUGAAAACCCUACAGCAGUAACAGUUCACGCUCUCUACUCCACAGUAUUUUAAUCAUAUCAGUAUAGAAGACUCAAGAGUGUACGAGCUAACCAACAAAGCAGGACUACUUUCGCCAUAUCAGAUUCUUCAUGAGUGCCUUAAAAGGUAAGAGACAACCACAACUGGCAGUGCCAAAGUCUGCUUAACUCUGACCUACUGAUGCAAAGUUCAGCAAGGCCGCAGAACUAACCAAGUGUUGUUUCAUCUCUCCUGAAGAAAUCAUGGAAUGGGAGACACCAGCAUUAAAUUUGAGGUGAUCCCUGGGAAAAACCAGAAGAGUGAAUAUGUGAUGACAUGUGGGAAGCACACUGUGCGGGGCUGGUGUAAGUAGACCGUAAUCCUCCACAUACAACUUCUCCUAACAGUGCACAGAGCUGUGAAGAGACGUGUGUUUGUUUGAAUUUUGUCUGUUUGUUUCAAUCUUUCCUGUGACCUGUUUAAUGCUCUUUUUUGUAACAGGCAAAAACAAGAGAGUUGGCAAACAACUUGCAUCACAGAAGAUCUUGCAGAUGCUUCAUCCCCACGUUAAGAACUGGGGUUCACUGCUGCGCAUGUAUGGCAGGGAGAGCAAUAAGAUGGUCAAGAAGGUGGGUGUCCUCUCAUGCACAGAAGAAAAAAACGUAAUAAUCCUUAGUAUCUGUCUUUGAAGACUUAGCUGAUUGCUAGAGGACACAAAGGGGUGAGACCCUAAAGCCUAUUGCAUGUUUUCUUGGAUUCAGCAGUUAUUUUUUGUCUGGUGUAAUGAUCGAUUUGUAUUUUGUGAUUAAAGCCGCCUGUCUCAUAAGAACAACCAGUGAAAUGUGGAUGGCAAAUGCAAGUAAUGGAGACUGCUCUUCAUUUUGCCCGUUCUCUCUCCUGAUUUUUAAAAAUACCUCGUUUUUUUCAGGAGAGCUCAGACAAGAGUGUGAUCGAGCUGCAGCAGUAUGCCAAAAAGAACAAGCCAAACCUUCACAUAUUGAACAAAUUGCAAGAAGAAAUGAGGAAACUCGCAACCCAGAGGGUGAGGAUUUUUGUCUCUAUUGUGUGGCAUCCAUAGUAUCAGAGCAUAUUGAUCCCUUCCUUUCAUAAACUGAUGAACCUACAACUUCUUUAUCCUGCUCCUCUGCUGUCUGCAUGUCAGAGCUUUGAGGGGCCAUUCUUCUGUUGGCCCACAUGCUGAAUACAGCCCGGGGUGUUUCUGUCCCUCCUGCUUUGGAAGUUAAUUGCCCUUCUGUAUUAGUUGUGUCAGUUUGAAAUUGAAGUAUAAAAUUAGUUUAAUUCAGUGUUUUGGCCCUUCAUCUGUUGCCAAUAACCAAGAGUUAAUAACAAAUGUAGUCACUAGAGAGCCCUUUCAAAUAAGUCAAGGAACCAGAUUUUUCUUGGGGCAAACAUUUAUUAUUCGAGGUUGGAUACAGUUUAAAUUGAUGCAUUUGCAACACACAGCAGUCAGUCCCAGGAUGACCAAUUUCUUUGGCUGCUGAUUGAUUUCGAACCUAGAUUUACUCCUUAUUCUUUCAUGUCCACACCAGGAGGAAACCAGGAAGAAACCCAAGAUGACCAUAAUGGAGUCUGCCCAGCCGGGGAGUGAACCCCUCUGCACUGUUGAUGUUUAAGUCUCUGAAUCACUGACGAACCUCGGCACUGAAACCUAGUCACUGUCCGACAUCACACACACUACCACCACCCAUCACUUAAUUAUGCAUCACUGAAAUCUAAUGGCAAUAUAGUGUCACAUCGACGAGGCCAGUAGAGCAGCUUCUUUCACCUGCGUUUUCAAGGUUUCUGCUGGUAGAUGAGUAGAUAGGACUAACAGACAGUAGAGCAAAUAUCGUCUACCUCUCUAGGUGAGUCCUCGCUAUGGCACAAGAUAAGAAACCCUUCAGGCUGUGGAGAAGUUGAUGACAUGUGAACCACAACAGAAUAAUAAUGCAUGCUUUUUGUCCGCUCAAAACACACUGCACAACUUGGUUUUUGUUUGAAGUGUCGUUGGAAACCGUUGCGAUCUUUAGCCUACCAGCACCUAUUAGUUUUGUUUGUGCUCCAAGUAUUUGAAAGGGACUACUGCGACUUGUGUAUUUAUACCAUUUGUUAAAUUGGGAAACAAUGUUACUUGUUUAUUGGAUAUUUUAAUGGUUGGUGUUAUGGUUAUUAUGGUUGAUGAAUACAAAUUAUGCCGUUUUCUGUUUUUCUUCAGAAUCGACCGCCGCUGUCUGGGUUUGCACGAUAAACCAUGCGUUGUGAAGUGAUCACUAUUCAAAGCUGUCGUUAUGCACUUGUGUCCUGUCACAUAUUUUCGUUGACUGAUCAUGCUCAUGGUACAGGAUCAACUGCUUUUGAGAUAUUUAGGAACAGUAUAGCAUUUGGAGGGAAUUCUUUGCCUUUUUUUAUUGUUAUUUUGCUUCGUGAAGACGAGAAACAAACAUCUUCCUCCCCGUUCAACUCUGCAGUAAACCUGAGCACAGAGUGCUUGCGUGUGUUCAGGGUUUAAAAAAAAAAACAUUUAUUUAAGCGCUUAGUUUUUUCUAGCUUUUGAUAAUAUACUAAUCACAGACUAACAACUUAAUACAUUUCAGUAGCUUUUUUUGGUGCCCUGAAGAAAUUUCAUUGGCUACAUGUUGCCUUAGAUAGUAAACUUCAUGAAGGGCUCAGAGUAUAAACAAUAUAUUGGACCUAAAGCACCCUUCAAAAAGAAGUGGAAAGACCAAGUCCCUUCUACUUGAUGCAGCAUUUAUAUUUCAGCCUGUUAGUAUCUUAAAGACAGCUGUGAAACAUCAGAUUCAUAAAGGGGGAAAUGCCUGUUACGUGUACAGGUGUGUAAGAGCUGUCUUAAUUGAUUGUUGCAGCCUGUUAGUGUUUACCAUCCUGACAGCUGGUCAUAUUUCUAACAAGCAGAACCCAGUUUUCCAAAGCAGCCUUGCAAAAUGAUGGUUCACUGAGAUGAUCAAAACACAGAAGUCUCUUAGUCCAGUUAAAGCUGAUGAAACUGUGUAUACCAAAGCUUACAUACAGUCUUAUGCAUUUUAUAGAAUAAUGUUGCUGCAGACAGUACAGUAGAAAACAGGAAAAUACAUAGACGCAUUAGUCGCUGGAACAAAAAUAACCUGCUGUGCAAUCUUUGUCAAGUAUUUGGCCUGUGGUUUUUCUACUGAACAUACAAGGACACGUCACAGUUAAAACACAAGGCUGCUGUGAUAUUGUAGAUCGCUUUAAGAAUGUGCUUUCCCCUCUGUGCGUUUAUCGUCUUGCCAGCCGUGUGUCAGUGUGAGAAGAAGAGAUAAAAAAAAGAAACUGCUUUUACAUGUGUUGCUUUUACAUGUGUUGCUGUUGAUUUGUACCAAUGAACUGUUUGAGAUGUUGCUGCCUAGAAAAUGAAGUAUGUAUUGCAACCUGAGCUCAUGACUUCAGUGAUGUUUGUUAUGCAAAAUAAAAUGUCUUGACUAAUGAUGAGAAUGGGUCGGAUGAUUCAGUCGCAGUUUGAUGAAACACUUGGACACAAAGAGUAAACAGCAGUAGGUUUGUAUGUGGCGAAGCUGUUUAUUUCCUUUGACAGCUGUGAACAGGGUUUGAAAAUUCAGGAAGACAAACUCAAACUUUAAUCAUGAGACAUUCAUUCAGUUAUUUCCUUCAAAAGAAAAAGGUUUAUCAAACUUAAUCUAAGUAUUGUCUUACGAAACAAUGGGCUUAAACAGGAAGUUUGUAUUUUAGUUGAAAUGGCCCUUUAAAUUUAAGACUACUCAGCCUUGUAGAAACAGAAAUGACAGAAAAAUAAUGCAACUGCAAAUGUUGAUGCUUCAAAAGCGAGUUAAAGAACAGUGAGGCGUGCAUGCUUUUCUAAUACAGGAACUCCUGGAGGCUAUGACCCUUUCUCUUCCUGAGCGCUGCUGGCCUGCUGCUGUUGGGAAUUGUACUCCACUCUCUCCAGCAGCAGAAGCAUCUCUACGUGCAUCGUCUGAGGGAACAAAUCCACAGCCAUGGCUCGAACCGGACGGAACGGGGCGCCGUGAACUCUGUUGGAUGGCGCCCUGCACAGACUGAAAGAAAAAAGAUCAAAAAUGAUUUAUUUUUUGAAGGUUUUGUCUCUUUUGCAGUAAAAUUACAACUUUUACCUACAAAAGAACUCAUCUAAACUGGGCGCAAACUAGGAGCAUGUGACUCACUCAAUGAAGUUGUUCAUGGCUGCUUUAGCGUUGCACGCCACAUAAACCAGCCUCUUCAGAUGCUCUGCUCUCCUGAUGGCGAGCACCACCUUGGAAUCUGUUUGAUGGGACACAAACUCUUAAUUUGAGACGUUUUUUUUUAAGUUAAUAAAAUUAUAGGAUCAUGAUUCUGCUGUUGACUCACGUAGGCCUGCUCUUGGUGGAUCCACAAUGGCUGUGACGUUCGGUGACACGAGAGCGUUGAGGAUGUUUGGGAACACAUCUUCAGCUUUUCCACAGUGGAACUCCACAUUAGUCAGACCUUAAGAUACAAAAAACAAGCUGAUCACGUAUCCUGGGAACUUUUUCACUUUAUCAGUGUGUCACAGCUGGAACUAAGUUUGAUGAUCACAUUUAAAAGCCACUUUUACAAUCGACCUGUGGUUGGGUGUCAGCUUGCUCCUUACCGUUGAGUUUUGCGUUCACUUUGGCAUCUUCUACGGCCUCCUGACAGAGCUCGAUCCCAAUCACCUUCUUCACUCUCUGCAGACAAAAUCAGUUAUACAUGAAAAAAGCUCCAAUAAGAUACAGAAAAUAGAAGCAUUAGUCCAAAUAAUCGAAGCACAGUCACAGGUAAGUUAAGUAUCUGAUACUGGCGUCACCUUGGCCAGAGAGAUCCCAAUCGUCCCAGUUCCACAGCAUACAUCCAGUACGGUGCUGUCCUGGUCCAGCUGGGCCCAUUCCCCCACUGCUGAGUACAGCACCUCUGCAGCUCCAGUGUUCACCUACCAGGUAACACAGCCACAUGUUACACACAUUAUACAAACACUGAUGGUUACACUGGGCUGAAAGAAUAUUUAGAUAGGUUUCUGUUUAUUACCUGGAAGAAGGAAUGAGGAGAUAUUCUGAACUUCAGACCCAGAAGAUCCUCAUGAAUGCUGCCCUCUCCUGACACCAGCUCACAGGGCAGGUCCUCUAGGUUUGGAGAAGUCCUAAAAGCCCAAAACAAAAAGGUAAGUGCGAUCCUAAGAGACUUUUUAAUCUUUUCUUCACAGCGAAGAAGCUUUCCUUUUACCUCUGACCCUCUCUGACAAAGUAAAGAGAGGUGACUCCGCUGUCCUUCCCCUCUCCUUCUGUAAAGUAGCUCUUCAUAGAGGAUUUUAAUGCGUUGAUUUCUUCUUCUUCAAGUUUCUAGGACAUGAAACACGAAAAAUGGUCAAAAAUAAUAGUGUUAGUGUUGAAGGCUGAUUAAGAAACACAAUGACAAAAAGUAUCACAGACUAUUUCUGCACCUGUGGGUUAAAGAAAGCCAUAGCCAUAGCUUGUUUGGUCCUUGUGGUCCGCACAGUCAGCUGCUUCCAGUGUCCUUCGUAUGUUUCAGGACUGUACACAGAGUACGGUGUUGUCCUGUAUGCAGAGACCAAAAUGCAAUAACAAAAAUUUAAUGCCAUCAGACUAUGUCAGAAAAAUCUCACAUCAUGAGCAGUCUUGUUUUCUUCAGCCAGGGCUUGUCGUGGACUUGCACGAUCAUGCAGUAAUACCUGAUGAACUUCUGAAACUCGCUGACCACUCUUUUGGCCUCAGCUGAGACAUGGCUGGUCUCAGCCGGCCCCACCACGGCACAGGAGCCGCCUUUGUAUUUCCCCAGACGAAAACCGAUGGUCUUAUCCUCGCCGUCUGCACCCACUGAAAUGAGGAACUCGCACUUGUUCCUGUACUCUGUCUGCCAUGAUACAAGGGAAAAAAUGAUAUUAAAGGGAUUUUGAGAACUCACUGUGAGAGAUCUAGCUGUUUGUAUUUAUGUGUGUUAAUAUACCUGAGUAGGAGAUGGUCGAAUAGCCUCCAGAGGACAGCACAUCUUGUUGUAUUUCCCUUUUUGAGCAAACAGCCAUGGCAGCAUGGCUUUGUUGGUGCUGCCGAUCUCUCUGGAAAAAAAAUGUACAGUAUUAUUCAAUAUAUGAUAUGGUGAUACUAUAUCACAUCCUAACAAAAUUAAGGUAAAAGUUACAUCCAGAGCUUAGAGCAUUAUUGCAUAGACUCCUGUGAAGAUGUGGAGCAACUUUUCCUUUAGGUCAGUUCUUGUGCAUGUGUGCUGUCUGGAUUUCUCUUGCUAUCACUUCAAAUGAGACAAAAAGUCUAAUGUAGUUAUUUUAAAUACAUGAGAAGCCUGAGGAGGUCUGGUAGUAUAGUGACCCUUCAGUUAUUCACAGUAAACUCUGAGUGUAGACUGUAAGGGGAAUCCAUAAAUAUGGUUUUAGAAACAGCAUGCAUUUGUCAUAUAAUUGACUUCAACUCACUUGGCCAGCCUCUGCAGGACCCCCACCACCUCCUGCUCCUUCCUCUUCAGCUGCUCCUCAUAUGGCACGUUCCACAGAGGAGUCACCACAUUGGCUAACUGAACACUGAGCGGCUCCUCUUGCUCGUCCCCGUCUCCACGUUUGGAUGGUGGCUGCCCUCCUGCUCCUUCUCCUUCCUCCUGCUUCCUCUUCCUCAGGAUGGGGUCUGCUUUGGGUUUGGCCAGCCUGACACUCAGCACCUGCCCCUUCCACUGCAUGCCGUGAACCAUCUUCAUCGCCUUGUCUCGCUCUUCCUCAUUCUUGAAGGUGACAAAGGCAAAGGUCUGCUUACCGAACAGCUUGAUUUUGUGAGGGUUGAGGCUGUGUUUGGCCAGGAACUUCUUCAGAUCGUUGAAGCCGAUGAACUUGGGCAGGUUCCUGAUCUCCACCUUGUAGAUCUCAGAUGUGAAGAGGUCGGUUUUGAUGUAGCGGUACAUGCUUGGGUCUCCUUCAGCUUCUUGAGGGGCAGACUGAACAUCAUCAGGGCUGGAGUCCUGAGGGUGGUCGUCAGUCUUCUGCUCCACUGAGGGAGGAGGAUCAACCACUGGGCUGUCACUCACAUCUGCCAUGUCUCUGUUCGUGUUAAAAUUUAUUGAUCAGUUAUUAUUACAUAAAAAACACACACAUGUAUAAAACUGCCCUAGUUUAAACUGUUUAAUGAUAAUAGUAGUUCUGGGGUAAGUUGAACCAGCCCACUGAGCGAUCGAUGUUGCACUUUAACCCAUUAAUCGAUAACUAUUUAUUUCAAAAAGCAACUGUGAGCAACUCCCCUAUGCCACGAUGAAAUCAUUUUAAUGACUUGCAGAGCUUUGUGUUAAUCUGGUUUGGCACACUUAAAAAGAAAGUCAUUAUCUCGUUGAAAAUUUUGACAUUUUAAAGUUUCCUAAUGUGCAAAGUGUCGCUCAAUGUAACUCCAAGUUGUAUCUUUCAUGCAGCUUACCUUCUCUUAUUUAUUUUCCAGUACCUCUCUCUAAACUGUACAGGGCGCCGCCAUGUUGAUAUUACCACGUGCGUGCAGCGAUGAACUCU